AUGUGGAAACGUUUGUUGAAGUUGAGACCAGCGGCCCUUGUUUUCUUGCGAGCUAACUUGGGAAAGGGCUCUAGGAUUAAGUUUUGGUAUGAUAUUUGGACUCCUCUAGGCCAACUUAUUCUUCACAUUGGCGCAAGUGGACCGAGAAACACGAGAAUUCCCAUAAACGCCACUGUUAAUCGAGCUGCUAACGCUACGGGCUGGUGUUUGGGAGGGUCUCGCUCUCAGCAAGAACUUGAUCUCCACAUACACCUAACUACUCUUCCUCUCCCUGCCUCGUCUGUAAACGAAGAUGCCUACGUCUGGGAAGCAAAUGGCGCUGUUCCAAAACACGCUUUCAAUAUGUGGGUUGCUAAUGCAGACCGUCUCCCCACCAGAUCGCGGCUCGCAUCAUGGGGCAUUAACAUCCAAACUUGUUGCCCCCUUUGCUCAUUUCAUAAUGAGACCAGAGACCAUCUUCUUCUUACGUGUGACUUCUCAAAGGAGAUAUGGAGGUUGCUGUUCGAACGACUCGACUGUUCCCGUCACAGUCUGCUCUCAUGGGCUGAACUUCUUUCUUUGAUCAGAGGACCGCAAGCUUUCCCAACCGUCACUCUGCACCGUAUCUCUGUUCAGACCAUCAUCUUUCACUUGUGGAAACAACGCAACAACGUCAUCCAUAACCAGAUAUCUCUCUCCACAGCUGAAAUCUUCCGUCUUGUUGACCGUGACAUUCGGACCACCAUCACUGCCAAACGGAAACGAAAGAACUUCGCUUCUCUCAUGUCUUUUUGGCUUAGAUAA